AUGAAGGCUGACCAGCUCCAGCAGAGGUCGUAUAAAUUCGCCACCUGCCGCCUGAUGUGGUGCCUGGAGACGCUCUACUUGGGUCCUAAGCGCCUCCUGCGGGGCGUGAAAAGGCGUCUCCAGCGUCGCACUCGCCGAAUCACUGCCACCACACCCGUCGCGUGCGCAAACGUGCUCACCCCAGACCGCAUUCCUGAGUUCUGUAUCCCCCCGCGGCUCGCUCCCUACCCGGCCCUGGCUACGCUCAGGGACUUCUGGGGCAACGAAGCAGGGACAGACGACAGCGCCCGGCGUACGGACUCCGACCCACGCUCGCAGGCAGCGCUCUCGCUGCCGCACCUGCCCCGAGCGCUCACCGGCACCGUGACUCUGGGCCGCGCCGGCGGCGCCCUGCGCCUGGCCGUCGAGUACAGUCGGGCCAGCGGGCGCCUCCGCAUCCGGCUGCUGCGCCCCGAGGGCCAGGCCGGAGGAGACGCCGAGCCCCGCGCCGUCGGCUGCCGAGUCAGCUUCGUCCUGCAGCCGCCGGGCAAGACGCGCCAGCAGCGCAGCGCUGUGGUUCGGCGGAGCCGCAAGGCCGUGUUCGACCAGGACUUCUGGUUCGACGGGCUCUCGGAAGACGAGGUGCGCCGCCUGGCCGUGCGCGUCAAGGCGGAGAACAAGGGCCGCGGCCUGGAGCGGGGCCGCCUGCUGGGCCAGGGCGAGCUGCUGCUGGGCUCCCUCCUGCUGCUCUGAGGGCGCACAGCCCUGCCCCCGCGGCGCUUUCUGCCCGCUGUAGAUUCUCAGACAUUGACAGGCGCUUUGUACAAAGUAA